UGUGAUGUUGUUUAAUAUAAUUUUUUAUCGAAUUCAAGACUUAUUUAGGUGUUAAUUAAUAGAAAGCAUGGUGGUUAAUGAAGAUUCUCAGUUAGACAUAUUCGUGGGUAGUACGAUUGGAUCGUUCAAGCAUGUAAAAUAUUACACGGACAACACGAAAAACAACAAGAAAUGCAUAGAAAACUUGGUCGACGUUAAAUCUUUACAGAAAGGCGAAGGUAUAACGUGCAUGGAAUGGGGUAACAAAGAACAAACAGAAAUUUUGCUUGGAAAGAAGAACCAACAGAUUCAAGUUUACCACACUUUACAAGGAAACAAGUGUAUUUAUACAGCCGACUAUGCAGAAGGACAUGUCGUAGGUCUGGGGAAAGUGAACAAUACAUUGUUAUCGGCGGUGUCCAGUGGCACCGUCAGAGUAUGGGGCGAUGAUGCGAAUGAAGAUAUUUUCACUGGCGGGAAGCUGGAUAGGAUGAGGGUCUGCAGCGAUGAUACAUUAUUUGCUACAGGCGGCGAAGAAAACGAUUUGAAAGUUUGGCGCAUCGGCGAGUCCCAGCCAACGUUCUCUGCCAAGAACUUGGCCCACGAUUGGCUCCAACUACGCCAGCCGGUCUGGGUGACCGACCUGGUGUUCGUCCCCGGGGAGGGGGGUAGGGUGGUGGCGGUCUGCUCGCGACACGGCUACGUGAGAUUGUACGACACUCGCUCGCAAAGGAGGCCGGUUCAGAACGUGACCUUCGACUUGGCCGCCACUUGCAUCGCGCCCAGCAUCAGCACGCGUCUGGCGUUGGUGGGAUUCGCGCGGGGACAGCUCCGGCAGGUUGAGUUGCGUCACGGGCGCCCCGACAAGGGGUACAAGGGGGGCGCAGGGGCGGUGACGGGCGCGGGGGCGGGCGCGGGGGCGGGGGGCGGCCGCGUGCUCAGUACCUCCCUGGACAGACAUCUAUACGUGCACCGAUACAGCGACAAGGAACUCGUUCAUAAGCAAUAUUUAACUUCGAAGCCGUCUUGCAUCCUGGUACAGACAGAGACGGAAACUCCUCUGAGGAAGGCGAAGAGCGAGAGGGAAGUCGAUGACGUCACUGAACCCGCUGACGACAUGGACGCCAUCUUUGAAACAAUGGAGACUGUUGGGGACCCCGGACCGGUCAGCAAGAGACCCAAACCCUCGCUGGAGGGCAGCACCGAGGUGGUGGAAGACACGGACGCGGCCAUAGCGAAGCUCCUUCGCAGCACGGAGAAGACGAGGAAGAGGAGGGAGCAGCGGAAGCGGGAGAAGAAAAAGAAGAGUGUCUUUCAUAACGCCUGAUAAAAUAAAUAUUUUCGAAAAAAAAUAAAACGUGUUA